AUGCCUCCGCUCGACCGUUUCUCCAUGCUUCAUUCGGCCGUCGACAAGUCACCCGCCAUCUGGGAUUCCGCGCAAGCAGACCGCAUUGGCUGUGACGAACUUGUCAGUCAAAUCAAUGAGGCCCAUGUUUUUCUGACGGCUUACUGUGCCAGUUACCCACCACCGUAUCCGAACAUCGUAGACAGUCUUCUCGUGACGGCUUCUGCCACCGUACAAGAUCUUCCGCCUCGUUUGCAGAAUCCUCUCUGGUGUGCAUGGCAGCUUUCUCCAGAAGUCACAGAGACAGUAUUAUUGGCCGGACCUUUUACCCUCACCGAAGUGCCUUUGCUAGUUGAGUUACCACCUCCCCCGCCACGGACUUCGCCUAGAAAGCACAAAGGUGGUCCAAGCCCACCUGUUGCGGAUCGGAUGAAAUUCGGCCUGCCGUGCGACUUAUCCAAGGACGUGCCCAAACGUUCCAAGCGAGACACACCUGUCGUUCAACUGAAAGCGACACCCAUCAAGACUGAGCCAGUCUCCGAGGCUCCUUCCAGUGUAGAGCCACCUUCUACUAAGUCUACUAAGACCCAUGCCGUUUCUGUUAAAUCCGACAAGACGGAGGCCAAAACCUGUGGCCGGCAUGGCCGAGAAGUGGUGGAGACGCCUCUUCCUCCUUCGGCGCGUCAACCUAUGCCUACCAUUGCCGUUAUUGCUGAGGAUACCCAUGGCAUCUCAGGCUGUACUAUGUGUGCCAGUCGCCGUGUUCUCUGUACCCACAAGGAGCCGCACUCCACCUGCGCUAAUUGCGCCAAGUUGGGGCACUGUUCCUGCCGCCUGUCAGCUGACGACCUUCAAGAGGUCCGGGACACGCUCUUGCCCCUCGCCCAGGGUGCUUACCCUUUGGUUGAAAUGUACGAUAUCAACUUUCGAACUGCCGACCGCACCAUCUGCCAUCUCCUCAAUUGUCUCCACGACACUUAUCAGAUCUGGUCGGCCUCAUUGUGCAACAUGUUGCAGGCCUUCGCCCAGAUCGAGGAAGACCACGAUACUGACACGCUCAUGAAGUUCGCCUGCUGCUUCCCUGUCGGACGCCGAUUACUGAUCGACAUGGGGUUGGUGGAAGAGAAGGAUAACAAAGAACUGGACCACGUAGCUGCACCCCAGGUCCGGCAUUAUUAUCCGAGGGAACCUGCUCGACGCGUUGAAACUCUAACAGGUCCAGAACCAUCUCUCCCUUCGUGGCGUGCCAUUUCUCCUUAUCCAUCGGGUGCCGAGCAAGCGAAGGUCCAAGAGUCCAAGGAUGGAGAAGAUGAAACCCAGGUUGCAGACGACCUCCAAGUCGACCAGCUCCAUUCCUCGCCUGUCCAUCCUGAACGUCGGACUCGGUCGUCGUCACUGGCAAGUGACCCGGACUUUUAUGCCUCUGACUGUACUGACGAAGCGUUUUCUGAUUCCUCCGUUGGUUCCGACCUUGUCACCCUUCAUCCCAAUGCCGACGUUCCUGCUCCGCAUCUGCCAUCUACUGGACAUAUGGCUCCCAAAGACAUAGUAUGGCAUCGCAAGUACCUUGCUAAAGUGGGGGUGGCUGAUAGCUGGAUUUGGGAUGACGAUGAGGCCCUCUCGAAUAUGGAACCACGGGACGACUUGGUAGAAGGUAGUGUGGAUGAAGAAAAAUCCCUCAAAGGGUCACCGGAGUGA